AUGGCCCUAAUCCUCUGGAUUGUGACGCCCUUGCAGAGUGGUAUCUUCAGAGUAGCUUCGGCUACAAUAGCGCAUAACGUGUCAGUCUCGCCGCCCGCGCGAUUGUUAGCCCCACCUCUGCAAGCAAACCUUCUCAAUGCGAAACUGCAUAGCACGGCAUACGGUGUGACAUGGCUAGGACAGACCCUACCGCCCUUUACUACGCGGCAGUUUGCUCUUGCUCCUUUCUCCUGGCGCGGUCUGGAAUUAGCCGCCAAAAAUGCUACUCUAAUGGGGAACACGACCCUCUACGGUACGGAUCUAAACUGUUCAACCCCAGCUUCUGUCGAUGCUGUACAGGGCGAGGGUGGUGAUGUCUUCGUGGUUGAUGAUGGCCAAGGCUGCAGGCAAAAGGCUGACAUCAGCUCUACACUCGGAAAUGGCAGCCAAAAUGGCCAUCAGAAAAUGGUCUGCAACAAAUACUUCAUCGUGUGGAAAGAGAACGAGUCACCUAAAGACCCUUCUGCCCUAGUUACCAGGCUUUGCAAGAUCAAAUACUAUUCGCAGCCAGUACAGGCAAACGUGUCUAUCCCCGAGGGAAGAGUCUUACAGACUUCGGUCCUUGGACCACAGACUGCUCUACCCACGGAUGUAUUUGAUGCCACGUUUCUAGAAUCUAUUAUCUCGCGGGGUAUCGCACCAGGUACCGGAAAAAAUUAUACAUCUCUACAACAAAAACCACCUCGUCCAUUUGAUGUCGCGGAAGAUACACUAUUGGCACAAGGAUUUCGACUAUCACAAAGAGGAUACCCGCCAUUAGCUUCACCUCUCGCCGGCAUUGCGAUAGGCGGGCAGGAUCUUCCCUUUGAGGCUUUCAUUAACAAUACAGAGGCCAUCGAUGCUGCCUUUCGCAGUGCCCAUCAACUGUUUUUCGCCUUAGCGGUGAGCACCGUAAUCACACCGUCUAUAUCGUCUGAGACAUCUUCGUCCGCCAUCCACACCUUUUCCAUUCGAAGUGUGCAACUUGUCCCUACUGUCACGCGCACAGUCCAAGCAUUUAUGGGGUUGGUCGCUUUACUGAUUGCCGCUCUUGCUGGCAUCUACUACAACAUGUUCCUACCGUUCGAAUCUGAUCCUACUUCGAUCGCAUUUCUAGCAGCCCUAGCAUCAAAUCGCAAUGUCCUCAAUUACUUCAAGUCUUUAGAUAUGGAGAAGCAUUAUGUCUCUAGCUUAGAGCACCGGCAAGCUAUAUUACGAAACCGCGAUGGGGCGCUCUCCUUGUCACUGGACUCGAUCGGCGAUGAGCAACACAUUGACAAUGUGACGGAGGGCAGCAAGCUCAAUGCAAUUGGGCUGGGAGGAGGCAAGUAUCUGAAGAGCCACACCCUAUGGCCCAGCGAACUCAAGCUCCCUACGGGCAUUGUGAUUGCGCUGGGUCUCUUCCUUGCAUUGGCCGCACUUGUAUUUUUGGAGACAUGGACACGUAUUUACCAAGGAUUACCGCUCCCUUUUAAGAGAACAGUCGCUCAGCAAAUUAUUCUGUAUUACAUACCAACAGUCUUUGGCACCUUCCUGGAGUCUUUUCUCGUUGUGGUGUGCCGCUAUCUCUGCUUUCUUCAGCCAUUUGAAGACCUAAGGAGAGGAUCUGCAGAAGCGUCCAGAACACUUCUACAGAAAUAUACAUCUCUGCCGCCACAGCUGAACCUCAUCGUGGCUAUUCGGAAUCGACACUUUCGGCUUGCGAGUCUAAGUUCUGUGGCCAUUCUAGCGAAUAUACUCACCAUAGCCUUGAGCGGUGUAUUCAUCGUUCGGGAGACCAUGAUACCUACAGAUUUCGAUACCACUCAAUCUUGCUUGCCCGCCUUAAAUAUGUCGGUAAUCAAGGCCUCACAGAGCUUCGAGACAAGCACGGCGUCAGUUGCAGGGAUUAGUGGUGAGCCAUUUCAGGUCUUGCUGUCAAGCAUUACGGCAGGCACUCCAUUGCCACCCUGGACUACGAAUGAGCGCUUCUAUCUUCCAGUCAAUCUCCCAUUUACCCAGAAUGAAACGUUGAGUUACCGCUUGACCACGUUAGGGUUCGAAGGUUUCACUGAUUGUAGUGUCCUUACGGAAUUUCAGGGUAAUCAUACCUACAACUUUUUUUUGAAUUCAGAUGCUACACAAAUUGGGUUUCACACAACGGAGUUUUUCUCCAAUGGUACAAAGGCAGAGUGCUUCGCUCCUAUGGCGAUGACAGAUGACACCGUGAUCUUCUCCGACGGGAAUCACCCCACUACUCAAAUAUUUGUGUCUGGGAACCCUGUAGGGCAGAACGCGCUUGAGACUUUCUUGCAUCCCAUACCGGGCUUCAGCAGGGAAUAUAAGAACAAGUUUGCUUGUGCACAUCAGUUUCUUGGACUAUGGGCUAGGGCAAAUAUCUCUCUUAGUGACAGGCUUGCUAUUGUUAAUACGCCAGCGACAACCGAAAACCUUGGUUUGACGACAAGUCCCACAGCGAACACGACCUCAGUAUCACUCGAAAAAUUGGUUUUGGUCUGCAAACCACGCGGUUAUGCCGCCAGUUACAAUCUUACAGUCAGUCCACAGGGCCACGUGCUGAGUGCCAUCGAGUUGCCCAAUUCCAGCUUUGUCAUGAGCAGUACAAUCUCGGACGGAGUCUUCGAGCAAUUGGAAUAUCUCUUUUCAUACCCUGACGACUUGCUAACAUGGCACAAAGACGUUCGAGCAAGAUACUGGAUGUCCUUCUUUGUCACAAAAUUCACCGAAUCUGACGCGUUGAUCGAUCCUACUAAGCCCCUACCGGAUGGUAUCGAGCUAGGAUAUCAUGUGAGCGCUGUGUUUAGGCGUCUUUUUGCUGUGGUUCUAGCUAUCAACAAGGAUGCCUUUGUGAGAUCCCAAGAGCCUAUCAAGAUUAUAGGCCAGAAAGUCACUGUCGUCAAUCGCAUAUUUCUCUCUGGUGUCAUGUACAAAAUUGCUGUUGUGAUUCUUUGUGUGGACAUUUUGGUUAUCUUGAACGUCUACUUGAGGAUGCCGAAGCCAUUUCUGCCGCGAAUGCCUACAAGCAUUGCGAGCAACAUUGCCUUGUUCGCCGCUAGCCACUUUGCUCAAGAGCUUGCUGAAGAGGCUGAACUGGGCACUGCGCCGGAAGAACUUGUCGAGCAUCUGAAGAAUAGUGACAGGAGGUUCGGCUUUGGCAAGUUUGUUGGCACUGAUGGUCAUGUCCACCUUGGCAUUGAAAGAGAACCAUUCGUGCACUCACUGGUGAAUAGCGAGGGUAUAAGACGAAGAUCGAAGUGGAAGGUCUGGCAGCUCUGA